UCGGGUGAGGACGGAGGUGCGCGGUGAGGCGCGGGGCGGGUAAGGCCGUGGCUUUUUCUCCUCAGCCUCCAUCCCCACGGGCUCCUGCCCGCGGCCUCCCCUCGGCGCUGGUCCUCCGCCCGCUCAGGAACGUCUUCGUCAGUCCUCCUCUGUGAUGCUGAGGCGGAGGCAGGCGACAGACUGAAAUCUGGAUUGGAAGAAAGCUAGACGAGAAACAAGCGCAGCAUUCAUGACUUAAGGAGGCGCUGAAGGGCACACUGUUUUGUGCACCAACAUUAUUCCAGACCAUUCAGGACACAGUGAAGCGCCCAGUUAUGAUUUCAGAACAUUAACAGUUUUGUCUUUUACCACCAGCCAUGUUUCCUGGCUCUCUGGGUUUGUAUUCAUGAGUGGUUCCUCCAUAACAGAAAAAUGCAGGACCCAGAUAUGGUGGAAAUGCCUAGCCGUGUAGAAGUCUCAAACUGGUCAUUUCUAAAACAUUUGUCGGCAGAGACGCGUUCCAGCUCACUUCCUGAAACCGGCGAGGGAGCUGACAGAGACCACUUUGGCCAAAAUAGAAAACUCAACGGACUCUUUGAACUGGAAGUGGUUCAGGAAAGCCUUCCUGGCAGGGACGGCGAUGGGGGAAAUUACGACGCCACUCCGGACAGUUUUCCUGAUGCUUUUGCCGGGGAAGCAAGCAGCACUUGGGGUGACUUUAAAGGCUUCAGCGAGGUCAAGUUGGAGAACCUGAGCCAUAUACCGGAAUCUUUGGAGAAUUUAAACGGAGAACAAGCUUCUACAAAUGACACGGAUGUCAGUGAUAAUCACGGUACUACCUCAUGCGGGCAGAUCUUUCCCAGAACUGCUGAAUACAGUAGAAGAGAUGUUUUCCCUAACGUUCCCUUGAAGGCUAGCCUCAGCCCUGAAGAAGUUAUUAAGCGGAGCUUUCCAGAAAUUCCUGUACCACAGUUCUUGGAGAACAUAGGCGGCUUGAAUCAGAUGCUUGACACACAAACCGAAGAGGUGGACAUUCCUGAACAUACAAAAAUGCAACUUUGCACAGAUUCUGGGAUCUUUUGGAAAACUCUUAAUCAUGCCAGGAACCCUUCUGGUUUGAGAUGCCCUUGGAAUGAAUCUCACUGCCAGGAAAACCUUUUAGCUGUUCUUGGAAUAGAUGCUCAUCAAAAGAUCCUUUCAGAAUGCAAAGAUGACGUUCUGGAGAAAUCCAACAUUAAAGAAAACGAAGAUUCUUCUGCGGACAAGUUCAGCAUUAGUAAAGCACUCAUUCAAACCAAGCUUUCUGUAUCUCCCGAUCCAAGGCAGAGCCAUCUCUUUACUUACAACCUGUUUUUGAAGAAGACCCCGUCCACUGGGAAUAUGCAAUAUAUAACGGUACCCCAAAAGAAGAGGAUUUUUACGACGCAGAGCUUAAAGAUGAAAAUGUUUAGCAGCAAUGUUUGCUAACACAACCAUAUUUCUAUUCUUUUACCACCUAAAACAAAACCUUGUAUUAUAUUACUAAUUUCGUAAUUUGUUAUUAGAACUGCUUCUGUUGGAAGAAAAGCCCUUCAUUUGUGUAUUUCACUUGACUCUGCAGAGGGGAGAUGUGGAUUACCGGCUGGGGCUGGUCAUGAUAAACCUGAUAAAGGGCUGCAAGAGCCCAUGAAGUGAAAGGUAUAGGUGAACUCCGUCACUAUGAACCAUCCCUGGUGGACUUGAAUGCCCCCCCUUUUCUAAUUAUGCCCCAGAUUAUAGAGUGUGUGUGUGUGUGUGUGUGUGUAUGAGAGAGAGAGUUCAUGGUUUGUGUCCCCUGUCACCCUUCCUCCCAUCUUUCUGGUUGCUUCUACUUGUACAGUUACCCUGUCUAUUGCUUACUCCCAAGAAGCAACUGACAGACCAUUUAGUUGCACUGGUGUAGGCCCACUAUUGUUUCUGAGUCUCCACCGGUAUAACUUGAAAAUGUAAGAACCCCCCCCCCUUUCCAUUUUCUGUCUUGAUUUGCAUGCGAAUGGCAGUUCUGUGCAGUGCAGUUUUCAGGACCGUUCAACAGCACCGUAUGUCAGGAGAGUGGGAGACAGUGCUGAGGUGCUAGUCCAAGCCAGAGGAUGUUACUGGGAUUUGGGGCCGAGUGGAUUACAGACAACAGCCUUAUUACAAAACUGCAGGUCUCAAGGGUCCCUUAAGGGAAGCGGUGAUUCUUAAGACGGCAUACACUGUUUUUUUCCAAAGUGUCUUUCAGGGAUUCUUCUCCCAUCUUUCUUGUCUGCUGUGGAAACCCCAGCAGCUAAGAACGUUGGAGAAUAUUCCAGUUUGAGUUUGGGACUAAACUAAGGGGAGUUGUGUCCAGUGCUCCCAGUGGUUUUUUUUUUUUAAAAUUAAACCUCAAUUCUCAGGCAUGCUGGUGUGGGAUUUGGAUCAGGUCCAAAGGAGGGCAGGGUCUAAACUGAUGUGGCUCUUUGGGGUCAGCAAAGCAAGGGGAGGGGCUCAACCCUCUCCCCAUAUGAAUUGGACCCCUACAUGCUCCAAAAUGGAUUUUUAAAAAGCAUGUGACACAGGACUCUCAGGUGUGAGGCACACACCUGAAUCUCCCUGUUGAAUGAAUGAAUGGUGUGAGCUAGAACCCACUCAGCCUUCCCCGGUGUCCACACGUGGCCGAGAUGUCUUUUAGGGCAACUUUUCUGCUGUUACUAAUCUUCUCAGUGAAGAAUACCCCCCUUUGCACAGGUAGCAAAGGAUUCCUUCUAAGAGAAAAGGCCUUGCUCAGAAUUCUGGGUUUCACUCCCUCUUCUCAUGUGGGCAAAGGGAUUUUUAAAAAAGACUUCACAUGCCUAAAGGAUGUAGUGAUACAAUAACGAAACCCAGAUUAAAGGUUCAUUAACUGAGGGGAGGAUAGCAUUUUAUCCUUAAGACGUAUGAAAUCUAUUUGCCUUUAGAAGCCAAAAUGAGUUGGGACCUGUUUAAACUCGCUAUUUUUGUGAUCUCUCAAUUUUACUCGUUUUUAUGCCCAAGCUCCUUCCCAGCUUCCUUGUAUUAUUUAUAUCCUGAGUGCACAUCCUGCAAAUAGAUCCAGUACCUCUGUCCCUUUGUUUCAGCUGUGCUGCUUUGGCAAUUGUUCUAUUACCGAACAAGUUGGUGUGUGUGUGUGUGCUUCACUCUCUUUUCUGUCCCAUUGUGAUGCCCUGUUAAAGUAUAUGACAGAGAAAGGCAAGUGGAUUUCUCUUGCUCAAGUUUUCUGAUUCUAGUUCUAAGUUCUGAGGCCACUUUGACACUUGCUUGGAACAUGCUGUGUGGGGCUAUCUAGUACAUCUCCCACUGUCAUCUUAUGCACGUGCCGAUGCUGCAGCUUCCCUUGCCAGCAUGAGGUGGGAUCUGGUCCGAUGCAGUGCCAAGUGCCGGUAUGAAUGCAGUCUAACCAGACUCCUGAGAGGAAGAUCCGUGUGGGUUUGUCUACUCUGGUAUGAAACAAAUUUGGCGUUAUAGUUGCCUUUAGGAGCGACUGCACACUGAUUUUUCAUUUUAAUAGCAAUAGUUCAGCUCAAUGUCCAGCUGCUUCCUUGCAGUAGCGGCUGCUAAGCAACGGGCAGGCAAAAGCCUGCGGUGGAAAGCGCAUGCAGUAUGAAGGCAUGCCACCAUCCUUGUAAGAGGUCCUUCAACAAGGCUGAAAUUAAAAAAAAAAUCAGACCUCUUACAGGACAGUUGACAAUUAACAAGUCUGCACUGAUACUUUUUGUAACGUUGCCUUUAA